AUGUGGGAUGGAGGACUUCAAGAUUACAUCCAUGACUGGUGGAACUUAAUGGAUUUUGUGAUGAAUUCAUUAUACCUAGCAACUAUUUCACUGAAAAUUGUUGCAUAUUUACGGUACAAUGCAGAAUUAAGGAUUCGAAAUGACUGGGACAUGUGGCAUCCAACACUGGUUGCUGAAGCAUUAUUUGCUAUCGCUAACAUCUUUAGCUCUUUGCGUCUGAUUUCAUUGUUCACAGCUAACUCUCACCUGGGUCCCCUUCAGAUUUCUUUAGGAAGGAUGCUUCUCGAUAUUUUAAAGUUCCUUUUUAUAUACUGUCUUGUGCUACUUGCAUUUGCCAAUGGUUUGAAUCAAUUGUACUUCAAGUACGAAACCAACACCUUUGAUAACAAAACCUUGAACUGCACUGGCAUCCGUUGUGAAAAACAAAAUAAUGCCUUCUCAACGUUAUUUGAGACUCUCCAAUCCUUGUUCUGGUCAAUUUUUGGUCUCAUCAAUCUCUAUGUAACAAAAGUGCAACCUGAUCACAAGUUCACAGAAUUUGUCGGUGCAACCAUGUUUGGGACCUAUAAUGUUAUCUCUUUGGUUGUUCUUCUAAACAUGUUAAUAGCCAUGAUGAACAACUCCUACCAGCUCAUUGCUGAUCAUGCAGACAUUGAAUGGAAGUUUGCUAGAACAAAGUUGUGGAUGAGUUACUUUGAAGAAGGAGGAACACUGCCCACUCCAUUCAAUAUCAUACCUAGCCCCAAAUCAUUGUGGUAUUUUUUUAAAUGGAUUCGGAAACAAGUAUGCAAGCAAUACACAAGAAAAAAGCCUGAAAGCUUUGGAACAAUAGGUAGAAGAGCAGCUGACAAUUUCCGAAGACAUAAUCAGUAUCAGGAGGUGAUGAGGAAUCUUGUGAAGAGAUAUGUAGCAGCAAUGAUCAGAGACGCCAAGAAAGAAGAAGGACUAACAGAAGAAAACUUCAAGGAAUUGAAACAAGACAUUUCAAGCUUCCGUUUUGAGGUUUUGGGUUUGUUAAAGGGAAACAAAUUAAAUCUCAAUAACACAAAAGUGAGCAACAGCUCACCAGAGCCAGAAGAGAAGAGUCGGCCCAAGGAAAAGAAAAGUCGAACGCAAAAAAGCAACUUUAGUUUCUUUGACAUCACCACAAUGAUCCAUCCCAGAACAGCAGAGAUAGCUGCUGAAAAGCAUAACAUGAGUAAUGGAUCUGCCACCCUGGCUUCAGAAACCACCAAAGAGAAGCCAAAAAGAAUUCAGUUUGCCAAAGACAUAAAAACCUUUGGGCUUUUUCACAGACGUCCAAAACCUAGCAGCACGGAACAGAGCUCUAAUAAAAUUUUCUCUGUUUCGGAGGAAGUUCCAGAAGAACUCAUAUCCGAUCCCAGUGAAAAAACAUUUGACACAGUCAAAGAUCCAGAGCCAAACUGUGAGUUAAAUGUAAAUACUUGGAAUGAACAGUGUACAGUAACAGAAGAUACCCAGGAUAUCUUGGAAUGUCUACCAUUACAGCCUUCUGACAGUUUUGUAAAUGACAGUCAAACAGACAAGGUUGAACCUACUAUAGACAAGGAUGUCAUUUCAGAAACAAGUAGCACACAAGCAGAAACACCUGCAGAAGAAGACGAUUCCAUAACAAGACUGUGA